UCACUACUUCCUUGACAGUGUUGUUGGAAUGAUUUGGGUGGGCGGGGAGUGAUGUUCAGGACAGUGCAGCACCUCCCUGCCCCCUGGUUUUGAGUGUUUCGGGGAGGGGGAGCUGGGAGGUGGGACUGGCCGAGGCAGUCACAGCACACUCUGGGACGGAAUUGAAAGCUGCGCAACAUGGCGUUGCUGAGGAUGUGCGCCCGCUUCUGUGUCGUCACGAAGAACAACUCAAAUAAAAUGUGUCCUCGUGCCCCAUGGCACUGGCAUUCAACCUCAGCAGCAGCUGAGCAAAGAGCUGAUGUAAAAGAAAAACCUCAACUCAAUGCAAGGAAACCCAAGACUGGCAUCCUUAUGCUGAACAUGGGAGGACCUGAAACUUUAGAUGAUGUUCAUGAUUUCUUACUACGGCUUUUCACAGAUAAAGACCUGAUUCCACUUCCAGCUCAAAGCAAACUUGCUCCUUUUAUUGCAAAACGCCGUACUCCCAAGAUUCAGGAACAGUAUCACCGUAUCGGUGGAGGGUCUCCGAUUAAAAUGUGGACUGCUAAGCAGGGAGACGGCAUGGUGAAACUACUAGAUGAAUUGUCUCCAGAGACAGCACCGCACAAAUUUUAUAUUGGUUUUCGAUAUGUUCAUCCUCUCACAGAAGAAGCAGUGGAAGAGAUGGAGAGAGAUGGAAUUGAGCGAGCAGUAGCUUUUACACAAUAUCCUCAAUACAGCUGUUCUACCACAGGAAGUAGUUUAAAUGCAAUUUAUCGGUACUAUAAUGGGAGGAAAGCAGCACCAAAGAUGAAAUGGAGUACGAUUGACAGGUGGCCAACACAUCCUUUAUUAAUUCAGUGCUUUGCGGACCAUAUACGGCAGGAACUUGAUCGAUUUCCAUCUAAUAAAAGAGAUGAUGUAGUAAUUUUGUUCUCUGCUCAUUCUCUGCCUAUGUCUGUGGUGAAUCGUGGUGACCCCUAUCCACAGGAGGUAGGAGCAACCGUUCAGCGAGUCAUGGAAAUGCUAAAUUUCAGUAACCCAUACAGGCUGGUGUGGCAGUCUAAGGUUGGUCCUAUGCCCUGGCUUGGACCUUCUACAGAUGACACCAUCAAAGGAUUGUGUGAGAGAGGCAACAAAAACUUAUUAUUGGUUCCUAUUGCUUUCACCAGUGAUCACAUUGAAACACUGCAUGAACUUGAUAUAGAAUAUGCACAAAUCUUAGCCAAUGAGUGUGGUGUUGAAAACAUUAGGCGAGCAGAGUCACUAAAUGGAAACCAGCUGUUUAUAAAGGCCCUAGCAGAUUUGGUCGAUGCACACUUAAAAUCUGCAGAAACUUCUUCCAAACAAUUGAGUCUACGUUGUCCGCUCUGCGUUAAUCCAAUAUGUGGAGAAACAAAGGCAUUUUUUGCUAAACAAAAUCUCUGAAAUGACUCUCGUAUACUGAUAUUUUCUGCCCUUCAGAAAAUGCUUGAUUGAAUGGUCAUCGUGAUGGUUUAUUUUCUGCUGUGAUGGUUUUUGACAUAGCAUGUAUGUUGAGUGUAAAUCGACUUCACUUCUGAAACUACAUCUUUUUUAGUGUAACUAAAAACAGACUUUUUGAAGAGAGUAUAAAUGUUCCAACUUGCACUGUUCUCCAAUUAUUGUACAUGGGUACGAAGUUUAAUAUCUCAGUUUAUAGCAUAUUUUUCUUACCUAGAUCCUUUUUUUUAAAGGAGUGCUGAAGACUAAUCGUUUAAAGACUACAUUUUUUUUGUUUGCUCCUGCAUAGGUUUUGAACAUGAUUCAUAUCUAGUAGAGCUUAUCUUGUUGUCUUUGCCCUUCGAGGUGAAGCUAGCCAUUGCCAGGGAUGCUUGGUAGGAUUCUUAUGGCCACAUGACUUUUUGAGUGCAUGACUACUAAAGCAUGUCUGCAUCUGGAAUGUUAUACUGCAACGGGAACAGCAGACUAAGUUUCAAACAAUUAAGGAUUUAUUCUUGCAUUUUGUUUCUGCUUCAAAUGCAGGUUGAGCUCUCAGGGGCUGCAUAAUUUUUUUUUUAUUUGGUUGCACCAGGACUCGAAUUUGAUGCCAGAACUCCUAAGUGAAGCCUCCAGGGUGUCCCUGUAGCAAUUCCUUUGACCCCCAUGGUAGCACACUCCAGCUCUUUAUUGAAAUAUGAUCUUGGUGAGAGUGUGUCAGACAUCCUAGACAAGUUGCCAGCGCAUCUCAAUCUUCACUGUGUCAGUUUUGUGUGAAUGCUAGGCAUGCUAGUUCAGGUGAGUAACUCAGUUAGACACAUCUAUUGGAGAUUAUUGUUUUAAAAGCCUAUGUGUUUAGAAACAAAAACUCUUAAUCAUUUACUUGGUUUGCCCAAGAUGACAUUAUGUUAAUUUGAAUUUCUGACUUGAUCCAUUUUAAAUGCAGCCCCUUGUGCCAUAAGAAAUGAAGCAGGAGUAGACUAUUCAGCCCUGCUGCUGGAUUUUACUCUCAUUGAGAUCCUAGGUGAUCUCUAUUUAAACACUUUUAAUGCACAACCCCCAUAUCCCUUGAUGUUUUUGAUGUGUAAUAAACAAUUGCUACAGAGUGGAUAAUGAAAGGAUUUUUCUCCUCAGGGAAGAGACGAGAACGAGGAGACAAUUUUUUAUGAGGGUUCAUAGUCAUUGGUACACUCCUAACAAUUGUAGAGGCAGAGUUAGAUUCUCGAAUAAUGAGAGAGUUGACGAUAUUUGGCGGGAAGGCAGAAAUAUGAAUUUGUGGCCUCACUUGCAUCUCAAUGAAGGAUAGAGCAGGCCAUAACAGAUUAAUGGCCUACUGCUAAUUUGUAAGAUUUCGGUGUUGAACAUUCUAAAUAGCUGAGCCUCUGGAGCAAAAAAUUCCAGACAUUCAUGAACACAGGUGAACAAGUUCCUCAUCUUAGUCCUGAGUGGUCUACCCCUUAUCAUUAAAUUCUCUCUUGGAUCCAUAUAUUCCAGCCAGUGGAAAUAUUUUGCAUCUACCCUGUUGAUUUCUGUACAAUUUUGUAUAUUUGAAUGAGAUCCGCAACAGGCAGUCUCAAGAGACCAAAUGGUCUAAUCCUGUUUGUUGUAUUUAUGCCCAUCUCCAGAGAAUUAAGAGUCAGUCUAUUUAAUCUUUUCUCCUACUGGAAUCCCUCCAAGGAAUUAGUCAUUUAAACUUUGUUGUACCACUUCACGAGUGUUUCUGUAGAUAAACUCAAAACUCAAAACUCCAUACGAUGCUCCGACUGUAGUACUAGGAAACUUCAACCAUGGAAAAUAAGGUAUAAUAAAAUAAAACAAAACUUUAAACCAGUAGAAAAGACUUUUAAACUAAUGAAGGGUCAAAAGGUUUAUUUUCCUCCUUGGUCCUCUUCAGCAGAUUAUCCAGACGGUUAGAAAAGUCACUUCAGGGUGUGAGGUGAAGGUGAGAUCCAAAUUCACUCAAGUGUAAAAUUUUAAAAUCAGCUGGCUGGGAAGUCAUUUGCCAUGUUUAAAAUGUAGACCAAGCUACUAAGAAACUUCUUGUAAAAUCACUGUUCACUUGAUAAAUAGCUUUUCCAACAGCACAUUAUUUGAAGAUGAGGCGUGUGUUGGUGGAGCUAAAUCUUAAGGAUCUGAAGCAGUCAUCGAUCUGUUAAUAGAAAUUUAUCCAUUAAAAUUAUCAGCUACCAGUACAGAAGUUUGAUAUUCCUACACUUUUUAUUGAUUUGUGGGGUUUAACACCACUGGCUAGGUCCUCAUUUAUUGCCCAUUACUAAUUGCCUGUUGAAAGUAGAGGUGAACUUGAACCACUACAGUCUUUGGGGGUAGGGACUAUCACUGUGCCAAUCAAACAGCCCUACUUCAUCCUGAACUCUUUUAAUGUCUAUAUGUGCAGGUCAUCUUUUGGUAAUUGAUCUACUAUUGAGGGUAGCUUUUUCUUGCUACAGGGUGCUGUAUGCUUGUUCAGAAAUCAGAUGAGAAACGUGCAGAAAUAAAAAUAAAACUGAAUGCUUGAGAUCUGAAACAAAAACUGAACUUGCUGGCAAAACUCAGCAAAUCUGGCAGUGUCUGUGAGAAGAAAUCAGAGUUCACACUUGGAGUCAGUGAUGUCACCAGACUGACUCUGCUUGUGAAUGCUAACUCUGCUUUCUUCCCAUAGAUGCUGCCAGACCUGAGUUUCAUUAGCCAGUUCUGUUUUUGAGAAACAUGCUGUAUGUAUACGAAUUGAAAUGGCCCGUCAGACAUUUUUGGAUGCCUUAAUUGAACUUACACCUUGGCCUAUAUCCAGUAAAUUUUAGUCUUUUGAUAUAUUUUACUUUUAAUACUUAUUUUAUAACAGUGUCUAUUGUGCUGUGAAAUGUAAAAAGAGCAAAUAAAAUUCUGUAGAACAUGGUAUAAAGGGAUAAUAAAACUGAUAUAUUCAGCUGAAAGGCAGUUAUUGAGAACACAGUAUGAAUUGGGGUGAAUAAUUUGACCUACCUCAUUAAAGUUUGACUUUGGGGCAACCCAAUCAAGAAGGAAUCUAAUCAUUACCAGUUAAAGACUAUUGGCACUGUCUCGUGUUCCCACAAGGAAUGUGAACAGUUCAUCAACUUCACCCACACCUUCCACCCUGACCUCAAAUUGACCUUAACCAUCUCUGACAACUCUUCUCUUCCCCCCCUCAAAAACCACCUCUCAGUCUCCAUCUUUGGUAACCAACUUAGCACUGACAUUUAUUUCAAACCCAACUUCUGCACUUACCUCGACUACACCUCUCGCCCACCCUUCUGCAAAUAUGCAAUCCCAUACUCCCUACUUCAAGGGCUGUAAUUUCCCCUCCCUCGCAAUUAAUAAUGCCCUCAACCACAUCUCUAUUUCCUGCACCUCUGCCUUCAAACUCACGUCGCCCAACCUCCGUAAGGAGAGUCCCCUGGUUCCCACCAACCUCCAAAUCCAAUACAUCAUCGUCUGCCAUUUUUGUCACUUACAGUCAGAUUCCACCACCAAGAAGAUAUUUCCUUCCCCACCUCUAACUGUUUCCCCAAGGGACCAUUCACUCCACGAUUCCCUUGUCAUUUCCACACACCCGACCAAUCUCUCCUCCACACCUGGUACCUUUCCCUGAAACUGCAGGAAGUGCAACCCCUAAACCUUCCACACUCACCUCCAAGACCCUAAAUUAUCAUUGCAAAUCCAGCAGAGAUUCAGCUGCACUUCUAACCUGGUCUAUUGCAUCCUUUGUUCCUGAUGUGGUCUCCUCUACGUCGGAGAGACUAAGAGCAGACUCAGGGACUGGUUCGUGGAGCAUCUGCACUCUGUAUGCUCCAAUCAACACCACCUUCCACUUGCCAGCCAUUUCAACUUUCCCCUCCUACUCCCUUGGCAGCGUGGCCAUCUUGGGCUGCCUCCAGUGUUAAAAUAAGGGCACAUGCAAAAUGGAAGAACAACAUCUUGUAUUCUGCUUCGGGAGCUUACAGCCCAAUGGCCUCAACAGAGUUCACCAGCUUCAAAACCUACCCAUCCCAACCUCAUCCCAUGUGCAGCCUUCCUCCUUUUCUUUGACCUGACCUAAUCUGUCCAUCUUUCUUCUCACCUAUCUGUUCCACCCUUGCCACUGACAAAUCACAAAAAUCCCCUACCUGAAUCCACCUAUCACCACCCUAUCUACUUUGCCCUUAUUCCACCUAUAACCCUCUCACCUGCUUUCCCCCAGCCUGACCCUCCUCCCUCUGUUUAUUUCUGAGUUCCCUUCUCCCUCCCAGCCCUGAUGAAGGGUUCUGACCUGAAACAUCGACUUGCUUGCUCCUCCGAUGCUGUCUGACCUGCUGUGUUCUUCCAGCUCCGCAUUUUAAAGAAUUUCAGUAUUGUUUGCUAUUUUGUUUCAAAUAUACAAUAAGCUAGACUGAGGCAAUUCAUUUUGGAAUUGUUUUCUUCACCUAUUCAUUAUGUUUUGCAGUCAGCUUUUGAAGUGAAUUUUGUUACGCAAAAGUAAUAGACAGGAGUAAUUGUCAGCAAUAUAUUACCCUGUCAUAGCAGUGUUCUCCUACCAGCUUUAUUUAAAAGGCAGUUGAGAAGCCACAGAAGUAGUUAGAAUAUCAAAUUAUUUCCGAGUUAACUGUGGAAUGGAAUACCUUAAAUGACUGGAUUUGGCACUUAAAGCUACUACUUCCCUGUAAUUUUAAAAUUCACACAACACCAGGUUAUAGUCCAACAGGUUUAUUUGGAAGCACUAGCUUUCAGAGCGCUGCUCCUUUGUCAGGCGGUUGAAGGAGUAAUGAUCCAAAAGCCAGUGCUUCCAAAUAAACCCUUUGGACUAUAAUCUGGUGUUGUGAUUUUUAACUUUGUACACCCCAAAUCAUCUCCAAAUCAUGACAACCAUAAUUUUAAACAGUUAAAUCGUGGAAUCCUACAGCACAGGAUGAGGUUUUUGUGGAGAUUUCACAACUUCAGUAGGAAAGCAGCCAUUGAUCACUGCGAUCUGGUUUCUAGCUUUUUGCCAAUUACACAUUCUUGUUGUAACAUUAAUCCUUGUGAUUUAUUUUUGCUAACAAAUCCAAUAUAGCUCAGAUGAACCAAUGUAUUUUAAGUUAAAAUACACAUGAAUCUCAUCGGCCUACAUUAUACCUGAAAUUCCACAAGCAAAUGUUUCCUAAUUUUAUUCCAUUCCAUUCCACUUUCUGAUUUUUAAAGUGCACCCUAUGAUUUUAGAAGAAAUUGAGUGAAGGAAAUUAAUCCACAUUCUCCAAAGUGCUUGUCAGUAUUAUUUCCUACAUCUCAUUUCCCACUAAAUUUUGUUUGGGGGCCUCCUUUCAGCAAGAGGUCAUGUAUUUUCUAAUGCAUUUUUUCCUAAUUGAAGACUUUUAAUCAUUUUUAGCAUUAUUUUUUGAAAGAAUGAUUUUUAUUAAAAUUUAAAACUUUUUCAUCUGAAGAGGGAUGAUUGUGUUGAUUGAAUAAUUUAGAUGCAAUUUCUUUCUUCUACUCAUAACAGUUCUGCUCAUAAAAGUUCUUGAACAGAAACUGAACUGGACUAUUUCAAAUAACUUACCAAGUGCAAUUAUGUUGUUUUAAAUUACCGAUAGGAACACGAAAAACACUGACUUCAAUUUAGUGUUUAGGAAAAAUAGUGGUUCAGAUGUGGAAAAGAAACAACAUGAAGCAAAUUUAAAUUGGAUAUCAGUAUCCCAGUAAUAACUGAUUCAGAAGUUCCAUAAUGUCUGGGUCUUAAAAGCAAUGGAUAGUGCUGUGAUAUUAAAAUAAUGUAGUCUGCCUUUGUUUCUGGUUAUACAUUUAUGAAUUGGGCAAACUGAAUUUUGACUUGAAUUCUAGAAAAAUGUAAUAGUAAACAUAAGCAAAACGAGUGAACUGUUUCAUAUCUUCUGUACGAGUUCAUUUGAGUUCAGAUAAAGCUAUUAAUUACAGAGCCUGUUAAUAUUCUUUGAGAAGAAGAAGGAUGUAUAUUGAAAUUUUUGUGUUUCCAUACUUCAAUUCACUUUUCUCACUGGCAUUGCUUCCCUCAAAAUCUAGCGCUCUCCACUGUGCUAAUUGUGUCUAUUCUUUAAAGCACUAAAUUCAACAAAGUACAAUUUAAUAUCUACUAUAAGUUCAUCAUGAAUUUAUAAAUGUCUAAAAGUAAAUUUAGAAUAAAACAGGUUUGAUCUUC